UAAAGCACUUGAGGUGCGGGCAGGACAGAACAGUUCCGUGAGUGGACAACUUCUUAUUUCUGAAAGACCUCACAAAGAUUCGGAAGACGCAAAAAGAACACUGGAACAAGAAACUUCAGGCUUCCAGUCCAGAGAAAUAACUGCAUCUAAACUCUUUAACUGCUGAAAAUGGCUGUCAUGCUGAAACCCUGGACCGUCAUCGCUACUCUCCUCUUCUGCGUGCUCCUGUGUCUCGGGACCUUUGUGGACGCGUAUCCGCCUAAACCAGAGAAUCCUGGAGAUGACGCUCCUCCGGAGGAACUCGCCAAAUAUUACACCGCGCUGAGACACUACAUCAACCUCAUCACGAGACAACGGUAUGGAAAAAGGUCCACUUCGGAAGAUGUGAUGGCAGAGCUGCUGUUCGGAGACGAUACAGAGCACAAACAGAGAUCAAGAUAUGAUGACUCUUUUAUGUGGUGAAGUUCAGUGACCCCCCGUGUUGCCUGUCCUGAGCUAAGAUCACCUGUGCCUCCCACAGAAAACCUCCAGACAAUUAAAUGAGAACCAGUCAACAUCAGACAACCUCAUCCACCUCUUUAUUAUAUACAUCAUCUCUUAUUUCUUUUGUGCACACAGAACAAAUCUCAUUAACAACUGUACAUAAUAUAUUAUAAUAGGAAGUGUAUAUGUGUAUACUUCAUUGUGUCAUAUGGAAAUUAUGCUUUUCUGUUUGUACCAUGUAAAUUAUUCUAUGUGAUUAAAAGUUUAUUGGAUGAAUCUGGC